AUGUUUCGAAGGCACAAGCCUAGUGAAAUUAGUACAGUUAAGUCUAAGAAGAAGUUUUUAAGUGAUAAAGAAAGUACUCAUAAAAUAAAGCAUUUGAAAAUCCUCAUCGAUAACCUACCUAACGAUGAAUUACAAGCUUUUUUCAUAGAGAAUUCAUCCCUAAUAUUCCAGGUGUUUAGUGACUGCUUCUUUGGUCUCGAAUGGGAUGUCAGACUAAAAGGUAGUGGGAAUUAUGUUAAGGAUCUGGAAUUAGUGCUAGCGGUUUUUGAGAAAAUAUUGUUGUUAUUGCCGGAGAAUAUUCACAAAAGAUGGCAAUAUAACUGUAUAAUUGAUGUAAUCGAAGAUCUCCUAUACGAAAAAAAUACACUGAAACUUCGUAAAAGAGGAAUCAGGUUGUUUCUAAUAUGGUAUCAGAUUCUUGGAUUAAAUGCAACACAUGUUUGCCAUAAAAUCUUCAAUAACCUUAUCCCGGAAUUUGGCUCCCUUGUCACUGAAUACCAGAAACGUGAGAAAAAUAGUGAACAAAAUAAACAAAACCAUACCCAAAGCAAAAUACCUUCCAGAGAUAUACGAGGACAGGUAUCACAAGAGUCAAGGAUUUCACAUGUUGUCGCCCCACGAGAACGUGUUGCACUCUUGACAUCAGCUGUCGUAGGAGAAGAUGAAUCAGUGGACGAUGAGUCCAUGGUCCUUCUCCAGGUUUUGCUACGAUAUUUGGUUACUGAGUCGAUUAAAGUUGAGUGGUUGCAGCUUCGAUAUGAGCAACACUUAAUGCAGUCAUGGUUUUUGUUUGAGAAGUUGAAACAUUCAUAUCUUCCUGUGAUCUUCCCUUGUUUAUCUCCAUCAUAUUCAGUAUACUCACCUACAACUUCAUCUGUAACAAGCAGCACAGUUCCAUUAACUUCUAAUAUCUUACAAGAUUAUCCAAUCCACCCAUCACGUCUUUCAUAUUAUCAAUUAGAGUUUACUUGCUGGUUGGCAGCCUUUGUAUAUACUGGUCCACGCACAUCGAACCAUCCAGCUUCAUCAGAUGGAGGUUUCACUUCAACAUUCGUCACUCAUGGAACUGCAAUCGGUGGUGGUGGUGGUGGUGCUGGGACAUCUUUUCAUUUAGGUGGUUUCCCAUGGGACACACAUGGUGAUGCAAAUGAAUUCCAACUAUCUCGACAAUUUCGUUCGCUGUUAGGUGGUGGGUCAGCACAUGGUGAACCAGAAACUGUAUCACACUCGAAAGUUAAUGGCAUAUCGAGACUUUCAAAUUCUCCACCUAUCCCAGCGCCGCCAUCAAUCAACCAAAGAGAUGCUGAUGAUAGUGUUAUCUCCACGUCUUUCCAAGAGUCACUUAGUCAAACAGCACCAGUUACAGCUGCAAAACCAAACACUUAUCAUUUAGGCAAAGAAGUUCCUGUACCUCCUUCCAUUUUACAAACAUCUUCAGCGCCACAGAAAUUUGUUUUCAAUGAACCAGUUUUUAACUAUAGUGACAAGGUGGUUUCUAUGGUGCAUCAAGUUCUAUAUGGAUGUCGACAGAAUAUUAAUUUAAUACAAGAUAUAUUACAUCAAGCUCUUCUGCUUCCUCUGGAAUGUCAUAAAGCUCUUUACUAUGUGACUACAGUUUACGGUUCUUGGUUAGAGAACAAAUACAAUCGUCCUAUAUUUAUGCAACCUUUGGAUGAUUCAGUGAGAAAUUGGAAUGAGGUACAGAAGUCAGAUGAUCGUCCAUCGUCAACACUAGAAGAAGCUGGGACACAGGGAAUCAAUAGUCAGCUGAAUGAUACUAAGCCAAUUGAACAUUCCAAAGUUAAACAAUCAACUCCUGAACACGUCACUGUUCAUAAUCAUCCCCCACUGACGAAAACAAAGUCUGAAGAAGAUGAUGCAGAAGAGUUGAGAGGUUGCCUACAGAAUACAAUUCAGAUUAUGCUAGAAAAUAUGGCCAGUGUAUUUUAUGCUACAAGUUUGGACUCCAAUAGUGUGAAUAAAUCAACUGCCAGUAGUAGUCCAAAUGACUAUACAAAGCAUCAAAUUGAAUUAUGCCGUUUAGUGUUACAAAUUUUUCAAUACGCUAGUAAUAGUAAUGAAUUGACAGCAGAGACAUGGUCGAAAUUACUAUCUAUUCUAAUGGAUAUCAUGCGUAAGACAAUGAUUAAUACGUCGCCAACAAAUGUACAAAAUUACAAAUGGUUGUUAAACAAUAAACUCACUCAGAAUCUUUUUCAGACAUUGAAUGGUGCCUUAUUACGUGCAUCUCUUUUCUCACCAAUAUCUUCGGAGCCUUGGGAUCAAUGUUUGAGCGUUUAUUCAAAGUUAACCCAUUGGCCAUCAUUAAUAAUCGAAUGGAAAAAAGUUAUGCGAAUGUUGACGUCUACAAUGGCGAAAUUAGUUUAUGGUGUCGAUUUGUCUGAUUUACCUCAGGAGAAAAAAGGACCUCGAAUUAAACGUUUAGCAGGUUCUAAUGUAACAAAUCGAGCACGUCCAAAAUCUCUAACUGAAGCAGUCUUGAAUUAUACCGGUUCCACUAGUGCAUUAUCUCCCCCACCUGUGCCUUUCCCAAGUGCAUUAUCUGUGCUAAGUGUACAUGAAAAUUUAUUAGAUGAUAAUUUGGUAGUGGUAAUGCCACCAAAUUCUGUUGAUAGUGCUGUUGGUGUUGGUGGCGGUAUUGUUACAGAACCAGAGGAUGGUGAUCAUUCAGAAAUAAGAAACCAAAGCAGAAGAAGAAGAAGAAUUAGCCAUAGUGGUAGUAGAAGUAGUAGUAGAAGGAAUUCACAAGAAAUUUCUGAAAAGCUAUUACUUAUCGUGAAAUAA